AUGCAAAUAAACACAGGUGGUUCUGGCUCUUACGGUUAUGAAGUAACUGAAGAAGGAGAAGGAGACGAAGACGCCUUCACUUCUAUCAAUACAAUCCCACAAAGCUACCCUGCAACCUACGAUUUUGUGAGAAGUGCUGCUCCACAACACACCGAUUCUUACCCUGGUAUUGCUCUUCAGAGCAGCGUUCAAUCAAACCAUGAUCCUUUUGCAACCGUGCCACAACCUACCGAUUUUUCCGCCUUAGAGAAUUUCUCCAGUGAUGGUCAAAGCGACGCCUUCGCGGUCUCUUUGCCCGAACAGGAAGUAUUAUCAAAUGCUCAUGCUCCACUUGGCUUCGCUUCAGGACACGUUAAUCCUGAAUCCGUAUCUGACUACGACGAUACAGAAAAUACUUAUGUUGGCAACGAUAUAAGCGGUACCGCUUUUCUUUCUACAGCUGAAGCUAAUGACGAUUCUCCUGUUUCUUUUUCUAGAGAAGCUGGUAUUCAACAAACUACUAAAACUGGAGGUAUUGAAACUAUUGUAUACUAA